AUGCUGAACAAGCCUUCCCCUUCCACGUUUGCAAGACCCAAUUCUAAUUCUUCACCAAGCCCUACAUCCAGCUGCCUAGCGAACGUUCCUAAAGGCGUGUCUCAUUGCCUGCAUGUCCCUCCUUUGGCAAGGGCUUCUUCAGAACCAACGGCCACAGCCCUUGGGCCAGGCACUCACAUAACGCAUCCCAUCACGGGAUAUGAGGAGCAUGACUGGCAAUCUACAAAUGGCAUGCGGGCAAGACAGACCAACAGGGGGUCAAACACCCAACCCGGCGGCAUGUUGAUCAUGUUCUGCACGGAGCGCCAAAGGUCGGUACCACCGUGCAACAGAACACACCUUGUCGUUCUCUCGGAUGUGGCUACAGAAGACUAUUAUUUACGGACGAGUGAUUUACUCUUAUCGGCCUCCAUGUACUCGGUACAGUACAUACCCAGUAUCCACUCUGAAGCUGAAUUGCCACGCUCUCUUGGUUUUAGCCAGGAGCAGAGCAUGCCAUUGGCGUCGAGACAUUGUGUUAGCCGGCGGGCCAGGUUCCCUAGUUGUCCCUGGAACCAGCAAAGAGCCCCAAGGAAGUCAUUUGCAGCAUCGUGUUCAGGCCCUCUCUUCGAUACAGAUCCGAGAUUAGAUCAGCUGGGAAAUCUCAACGUCAGAAUGGGCUGGUCUGGGCCGUGA